AUGGAGUUUCCCGGAGUCGUCAAGGACUCGGAGCUGCGGUCGAUGGUGCAGGUCGACUCGCUCCUCACGUCGCCCGGCAGCCCGUUUGAAGUCGAGCAUCGGCAGAUCCGCGGCGUCAUCACCCGCGUCUGGAAGAACCAGUGCCCCUCGCUCCGAGACGGCUGGCUCAACACGGUCAAGACGUUUGGCGCGCGCACCUACAUCGUCGCCGAGGGGGAAACGUACACCUACAACGAGAUCCACGCCCGCGUCGUUGCCGUCGCUGCCGGCCUCGCCCGCGAGUUCAACGUGCAGAAGGGCGACCGGGUGGCCAUUGUGGCGCGCAACCACGUCGAGUACAUCAUCUCGUUCUGGGCCGUCGCGCUCCUCGGCGGCGUCGCGGCCCUCGUCAAUGCGUUCCUCGAGGGCAGCGCCAUCUACCACUGCAUCCGCGACGUCGGCUGCAAGGCGGCCAUCUUUGACGUUGAGCGCUACCAGCGCGUCCACCAGGCCGACUGCAUCGGCAAGCUCUUUGGGCCGGCGCCCAAGGACGCCGUCGACGACUUUGGCUGUGUGCCGGGGGCGCACGGCGGUCUCUAUGGCGUUGCCGUGAUCCCGCGGGCAUUUGACGGCGUGGUGCCGCAGGGGAGCCGCCCGUGGAUCGGAUCGCGCUGGGGCAAGCAGGUGCUCGACUUUGACGACAUGAGCCGGCGCCACGCCGGCGCCUCGCACUCGGACCUGGCCGACCCCAAGAUGGUGCCCGAGGACCUGGCCACGGUGCUGUUCACUUCGGGCACGACGGGCCGGCCCAAGGGUGUGUGCGCCACGCAGCGCCAGUUCCUCGUGCCGCACAUGAUCGGCCUCUACCAGCCGGCGCGCUCGGUGCUCCGCCGCAACCUGCCCCUCCCGGCGCCCUCGGACCAGCAGAGCGCGGUGCUGCUGCUCGUCCCGCUCUUCCACUCGACGGGCAUCCAGAGCUGCAUGGCCGCCAUCACGCUCAAGGGCGACAAGCUGGCGCUGAUGCCAAAGUACUCGGUCGACGCCGCCGCCGCCGUGAUCCAGCAGCACCAGAUCAACUCGAUGGUCGGCAUCGGCUUCAUGGUGCGCGAGCUCAUCACCAGCAAGCACGAGUUUCCGUCGCUGACGGGCGUGUCGUUCGGCGGCAGCACCAGCGCCAAGGAGAUUCCGGGAGAGUUCAAGGCCAAGUCGCCCAACGGCUUCAUCGCGCAGGGCUACGGCGCCACCGAGACCAACGGUUCCGUCUGCGGCCUGGGCGUCGACGACUUUGUCAACCGGCCGACGAGCACGGGCACGCCGGCCCCCGUCAACCAGAUUGUCAUCAUGGACCCCAAGACGGGCUGCGAGGUGCCGCGCGGCCAGCCGGGCGAGCUGUGGGUGUCGGGCCCCAACGUGGCGCUGGGCUACUGGGGCCGUCCCGAGGCGACGCGCGAGGUGUUUACGCCCGACGGCUUCUACAAGUCGGGCGACAUUGCGCGCAUGGACCGCGACGGCUUCGUCUACAUCAUGGACCGGUCCAAGCACAUCAUUAUCCGCGGCGGCGAGAACAUCUCGGGGCCCGAGGUCGAAAACGCCAUCUACGAGGGCGACAAGCGCAUCCUCGACUGCGCCGCCGUGCCCGUGCCCGACGCCAGGCUGGGCGAAAAGGUGGCCGUCGUGUGCAUCCCCAAGCCCGAGAACCUGCGCCACGACCGCCCCACCGAGCGCGACAUCCUCGCCGCCGCCGCCAAAUUCCUCCCCAAGUUUGCCAUGCCCGAGUUUGUCUGGAUCCGCGACGAGCCGCUCGAGCGCAACCCGAGCGGCAAGGUCGACCGCGCCGUCGUCAAGGAGGCCACCGCCAAGCGGUACGCCGAGCUGCAAGGCGGCCAGCAGUCGGGCCCGCGCGCCAAGCUCUGA